CAUUAUUUUUGGUCCUUCAAAAACAAACCCCUCUAUUAUAGCCAUAUUGUCUCGGUCAGAUUCUGAGCAUUGUCAUCACCGUCCCUCAGAUCCUUCACAUCAAAAGCAAAGUCCAAAUGAUAUAAACCAGCUGAAAAGGUCUAAGCUGAAGAUGGUGAAGCUAACUUUGAUUGCCUGUGUAACUGAUGGUCUUCCACUAGCAGAGGGUCUAGAUGAUGGCCGUGAUUUAAAAGAUGCUGAAUUCUACAAAGAGCAAGUCAAGGCUUUGUUUAAAAACCUAUCAAGAGGUCAGAAUGAGGCUUCAAGGAUGUCAAUUGAAAUUGGCCCUUACAUUUUCCAUUAUAUUAUCGAAGGAUGCGUUUAUUACUUGACAAUGUGUGACCAUGCUUAUCCUAAGAAACUUGCCUUUCAAUACCUUGAAAACCUCAAGAACGAAUUUGAGCUUGUUAAUGGGGCUCAAAUUGAAACUGCUGCCCGACCUUAUACCUUCAUCAAAUUUGAGGUCAGUGAAAUGUCAAGUCGGUUAACAUCAGAACCUAUAUAUGCUGAUAAUGCAAGAGCCUUAAAUUGACAGGUUAGUUUGAUUAUUC